AUGCCCCAAGGUCAUGGGACAAGGCUGUCCCACCCCUCCAGAACCAGCAUAAAAGCCAGCCCAGAGCCUCUCUCCCUCACACACUUCUCCUCAAGGCUAACCUUCCUCAUCCUCUCUCUUCCAGGCACCCUCCACACCACACCCAUGGCCUGCUACAACCGCUGCAGUCCCUGCGGACCCACCCCGCUGGCCAACAGCUGCAACGAGCCCUGUGCCCUGCAAUGCCAGGAUUCCUGCGUCAUCAUCGACCCUUCCCCUGUGAUGGUCACCCUGCCAGGACCCAUCAUGACCUCCUUCCCCCAGAACACCGCCGUUGGAUCCACCUCCUCCGCUGCCGUGGGCACUGAGCUCAGUGUGCAGGGACAGCCCAUCUCUGGCGGAUUUGGCUUUGGCCUUGGCUACGGCCUGGGAGGCCUGGGCUGCUAUGGCAGAAGGGGCGGCUACAUCUCCUAA